AUGGCUUUGGCUCCAGUAGCCUUGGGUUUGGCAGGGGCGUCGCUGACAGUGGCUGCCGUGGAUCGCAUCUCGAAGCGCCUUGCGAGUCCCGGGGUGGCCAACGAUGGGCUUCCAGAGGUCCAAGGCGGCAAUUCACCAGCAGGGUGCCCGGAUGUCACUGUGCUUGUGCACAUCCAGAAAGAUAUUGUCAAGAGGCUGAGGAGCUAUGUCAACGCAGACCGCCAGUUCCAGUCACAAAUGAAGGGAGAGAUGGACUGCAAUAUGGACUGCGACGAUGACCUUGUCCAGUGCUCUGCGGUCUCUACCAACCUCUUCUUCGGCGCCUCGUUUCUGGGCGGAGGUAUUCUCAUGGCCUUUGGUCUCCUCGUCGUAGUUCCGUACUUCUUUGGCCACCAUGCGGAAGAUGACGGCUUUAGCUUCGACAUGCGUGCUGCCUACAUCGAGCCCUUCCCCACGGAGGAGCAAAGGCGGAAGAAGGAGUCGAAGAGGCGGCGAUUCUUCUGGCAGGACAAGUAUCAGCCGCCAGACAUCGUCGAGAUUGAGACCUGGCUACGGCAUGUUACAGCCAUGAUCAGCAGGUAUUCGCAGAAAGCCGACAAUGUCGACCAGUCAGCCCUCCGAAGGCUUGCAGCGCCGGUGGCAUCCUGGAUCGCCUACUGCCCACGGGGCCGGAUUCCAACAGUGGCUGAGUUCCGGCUCUUGACGAAGUUCAUGGACAAGAUGGAUGGUGAGCUGCUGCCUUCUCGGUUGAACGAUGUCCUGCGUGACAUGCAAGCCGUGCUCCGAUCGCUCCCCAGGCCAGCCGAUGUCGCUUGGGCCAAGGCAGAGACGCGGCUGCAAACUAGCUAUCGGAAGCUUCGCCGCCGCUGCCGCGAAACAGCUGCAGGCACAGUGACUGUCGCUAGGCAUGAAGACAUCGUUGCAGCAGAGCUGACAGCCGAGCAGGACGAAGCCCUGCAAGUCCGUGACACGGACGAUUCCCGAUCUGCCCGUGCAUCUGCCUUGUCUGACCAGCACCUCACGCUGUUUCGCAAGAUUAACGAGUGGUCAUUUCUUGAUAACGCUCAGAAGCUAGAGCGCUUGCAGCAGGCCGAGGUGGCAUCAAGGCGCUCACGGAGGAGCUUGGGCCAGGAAGAGCUGGCAGACGUCCUCAACAUGGCUGCAGCCUGCCUUGCAGGUCCGCGCAGGCAUGCGAAGGUACAGGAUGCCGAUGCCAAAGACACAGGCGAAGUCAGAGCUGCUCCGGAAUCACAGGAUCCGGCGGUUGAUUUGCAAAAGAGAAUUCGGUCUUUGUUUCUGCAAGCUCUGCAUAUGUGGCAAAUGAACCAAUUCGAUUGUCAAGCGAUCGAGCAUGUCCUGGACUGCGUGCAACAGAAGAUCAGCAAUUUCGAGAGCAAGGUUGGAGAGAUUCAAGGUGCUGCUGCAGGGAAGGCUUGGCUGAAAAUCAAACAGGUGGUUGACCACUUGCUGCAGGUAGAGACACAUUCGAAGCCGAAGCCGCAUGUGCAAUCUGCAGCCAAAGCCCUGGCGGAAUCUGCUCACAGGGUCGGGGUAAGACUGGAGCGCCAGAGCGGCAUACAGAACAUCAGCUGGUAUGUGAAGGACGCAAGUUGGAAAUGCAAACGAACCUAUACACGCGGUGGCGUUCGCAAAGCGAGCGCUCGCUACUUUGCAAUUUCCAAGUUUCUCGAGCAGGGCCUUGGCGAGGAGGCGGCCGUCGAAGCCGCACUGCAGGAAGCAAAGGCCUACAGAGAGGAGCUCGUGCGCCAGGGCAAGUUGAAGCCCCCAAAGCCGAAACCUCCCAGGUCAACAGUGAGGGGUGUUGUUUUUCACAAAGGCCACCAGAAGUGGCAGGUGCGGUUGUAUCAUCCCGUCACAAAGAAGGCACUGAACAGUGGCACAUACAGUGUCAUGGAGGAAGCCGAGGUCAAGGCUCGGCAGAUGGCUAGGCAGCUCGGGGUUCGACCCGAAUACGAGGUGCGGCCGGCAAAGAGAAGGAGAGCUGAGGUGCCUGGAGAAGAAUAG